AUGAGCAAGAAACGAACGUCAGAGUCGGACAAAGAAGAGCAAAAAACAGCGGUGGUUCGAACAAAGUACGGAAAUUCCAAAUAAAAAAGGGCGUGGCCUAGGCGCUGGCUUGAUUUUCAACAAAAAUGAUAAAUUUUAAAUCAAAAAUUUUCUUGUAUUUAUUGAAAUUAUCUAGAACAAGCCGGAAAACGUUAUGUUCUUUCUAUUUUUGACAUCGCCGAAUAACCCCAGUCCUUUUCUUGCAGAAUCCUGCGAAGACUGCCGGCUGCCCGAUUCCAACCCACCAAAUGCUGCCUGUGCGGAGCCAUACGUCUUCAGGUGGAGCUCUUCAACGUUCGCAUCUGGUCGGAAAAGCUGCUCAUCGUGCUCGCCGCGCUCUCACGCAACGAAAUCACCGUCUCGACGGCGCGCGAGCUCUCCGCCGCCCUCUGCGUCUUCUUCGUCUGUCCGCAACACCUCAAGGACGCGCACGACGAGAUGUUCGAAAUGUUGCACGUGAAAGUGCCGGCCGAGAUUCAGCACGCCGAGCCGGGGCGUGUUAUUGAGGCGAUGGACAAGGUGCACUCGUUCCGGACCGGCUACGAGUGCAUUCCGCUCGUCAACGAGCAGCAGUUCCUCAAGAUUUGCCACAGUUUCGCCGUCAAGUAUCCAAAAGAGAAAACCGACGCAUUCAUUGCAGGUUACUUAAUUCAAUUAUUUUAUCUUGUAUACACUCCUAGCCUAGCUGAAUUCCGUUAUAAAUGCAGACUGUUGAGUGGGCAAAACUGAGAAAGCAGUAAUCGAAGCUUCAAUUCCUAAUAUUGCUCUUUCAGCGAGAAGCGCCGAUUCCCUCCGUCCGGCGCCCGACAUCAGAAGCCUCAAGUAUCAGUGCCGCAUAUGCGACAACGUGUGCGACUUCUACACGGUCCGCCACAUUGUGAUUCGCUCCGAAAAGCUGCUCGUGCUGAUUGCGGCCACCGGCAAAUCCGAAAUGACGUUCGACAUCGCCGGCCAACUCUACUCGAACUCCUCGCUCAUCGCGUGCGCACAUCACCUCCCGGAAGCGUGCGUCGAAAUCAUGCGAAUGCUGAAAGUGACGCACCCGCGCGACAUCCGAACGAUCGGCAAAACGACGAGAGAAGCGGGAACGGUGCGCUCGCUCGCCUCCCGAAUUCUCGAGAGGACUGUGCAGAAGAGACUCUCGUCGGAGCUCGUUUUCUGCCAGCUUGCCGAAGUUUGCUCGCAUUUCUUCUUUUCGAACGGAACAAUACCGGUUCAACUGCCGGAAGCGCCGCCGAUCGUAGACGUUGGAGAGUUGCAAGUGGUUAGGAAGGAAUUUGUGGAGGCGGGCACUGAGAUCAAGGAUGAGGAGGAAAAGGAGGAAGAGGAAAAGUGGGAGUGGGAGACGGAAGACGAAGAAGAAGAAGAGAUGAAGCCUGAAGCGACGGACAAAGAGCCGCGAACCGAGUGUCAGAUUUGCAAGCAGCCCUCCGACGACGUACACUUCAUCACGGUGCGCGCCGAAAAACUGUUGCUCCUGCUCGUCUCGAUUCACCGCAAACAGAUCACGAAACAGACCGCCCAGACCUACUACUCACGCCCGACACUCUACAUUUGCCACGAGCAUUUUGCCGACUCGUGUCGAGACCUGUCCGCCAUGCUCAAACUCGUUUACCCAAUGGAUCCGACCGACCACCACACACUCGCCAAAGUGUUGGUCUUGGCCAACUUUGUCAGAAACUCGUCGACCCUCAUCCGAGAGCCGAUUCUUUUGCAGUAUUGUAGAGACUUUUGGAGGAAACACGGCGGAGAGGUGAAAGAGAUUGAGAAGACGGGCGCCGAGGAGGAGCCGGUGGCGACGUGUAAGCUGUGCGGAACCAUUCGAAGAAAGAGCGAUGUGCGGAGUGUGGGUGUGCUCUCGGAAAGGAUGAUUCUGUUGGUGACCGAGGUGGCCAGGUACUGUUUAGCUUUCAUCGAUAAAUGUUUGACGGAAUUUGACAAUUUUUCUUACUAGGGAAUAAUCUCUAGGUAAGUUAUACUUAUACCAAAGGAAUCAAAUGUUAUGUUGAUAAUUUUUGCAAAACGCUUCUAGAAUUCAAGAAAAGUGCAGCUGAAAUUCACAUUUCAACACACAAAUGAGUCACAAAUAAUGAACUUCCAUCAUUUCUAAACGGAACAUACGAAGUUUCAGUUUCAGAUGCACUUUUCUCAAAUUCUGGAAUCAUGUAUGUCAAGCUUUUUAAAGGUUUUAGCGAAGAAAAAGUCAAUUCAAGAACUCAAUGUUGAAUUGAAUUCAAAUUUCAAAAAAAAAUGCAUCGCCGCAACUAUCGACAACGUUCCCAAUAAGACGAAACUCUAGUCGUGGAAUAAUGUUCAAUUUCCAGAGGCGUCAUGACGCGCGGUCUGGCCCGUCAGUACUUUCGCAGCGAGAAGGAGCUGUCGGUGUGCCGCUGGCACCUCGUCGAAACGUGCAAAACACUGUGCACAAUGUUCGCGGUGGCGCGUCCCGAGGCGUUUUUGCACCCGAAAAAGACGCUGGUGGACAGCACGAUGCGCAUCGUCGACUACAUCCAGAAAGGGCGAUUUCCGUACGCGACCGGAGACGGGAAACACUUUGUGCAGCAGUGUCAACGGUUCACUAACCGGUAUUGGAAAACUAAAUGAGGUUCAUUCUUCCGGUUUUCUAGAUUUUACUCAUUGUUAUUUGUUUUGUUUGUUUCAUAAAUAUGUUUUUUCUCUCUUUUAAAUCGGUUUUCAAUCAUUUAUCGCCGGUUUUUCUUGAUGAAAUCCUGUCUUUAUCUGCAAGCGCGGCCCACCGUACUCCCAGUUUUCAAAAGGAAAAGCACGGAGUCGUGGCGGGAUACACUGGCGCAAGUGCGCUCUAAUGAAAUUUUCAAAAAUUUUGCUCUGGCCUAAUGCAAAAAUGGAUUUCCGUUUUUCUCUAUCAAUAUCUCUAGCCGUUUUCAGACAUGGACAGGCGCUACCGGCAAGAAUUUGCGCUGAAACGACAGCUAGAGAAGGAGCUUGAGAUUGAGCGAAAAAUAUCGGAGAAGCUGAAAGAGAUGCUGAGAAUUCGAGAAGCCCGUUUCGCAACUCUCAUUUCCAAGUUCCCGACGACUUCGGACGCGGCGGCCGCAGCUUCGCCGAGUGCGCUGUGCUGUAUCUGCGCGAGCGACGUGCCGACUGAGACGAUCUCAGUGAUUUGGUACAAAAUUUUCGCGCUGAUGUACGCGAUCAACGACGAAACGAUGAGCCCCGACGAAGCUCGCGAUCUCUUCCGCGUCGAGACCCUGUACCUGUGCUCGAAGUGCCGUGCGCAGGCCUGCAAAUGGCUCAUGAAAGCCUUCAAAGUGACGGAAAUCGAGGAGAUUCCGAAUUGCGCGCAGGCGAUCACUCACCCGCUUCUGGCCGAUAUCGACGAGAAAAUCGGCACUUCGCUGGUUGGUUUCGAUGUGACACUCACGAAAAGCGCCGUUCUUUUCAUCACGAGCUCACCUGGUAACAGUAAAGCAUAAUAGUAAUCGAAUUUUCAAGUUUUUUGCAGCGAGAAUGUCGGAUUAUGAGAAGUGCUUCAAUAAGUACAAACGCCAGAAAGCGGGGCUCAUCGAUUACGAAGAAGAACUGGAGAAGCUCAUCGCGAGCCCGCCGCCGACGCCCGAGAAAGAGCCACACUACAAGCAGCCCGUUUUGUCGAAAGAAGAAAAAGUCAGACAGGAGGCGCUGCUUAAAUUCUGCCGCAAAGUCAACGAGAAAUACGAUAGAGGUAGCACUAAAAAGCACUAAAACCGCAAAAAAUAAAAAAAUUUUCAGAGCAGAACAAAUCGGAUCCGGACGUUCCUCCGAUUUAUUUGAACCGUAUGAUCUCCACUGUUCAGUUGAUCUACGAGGAGACCGAAAAGUACGUGGACGAUGAGAGUGAGGAGGAAGAAGAAGAACUGGUGGAAACCGAUUCAGAUGAUUAUUGUUAA